AUUUAACCUCACAUGUUGAUUUCACACUUUUUUCUUUCUUUUCUUUUUUAUAAAAUAUUGAAAUAAUCUAUUAUCAUGGCUCGUAAAUUCUUUGUUGGUGGUAACUGGAAAAUGAAUGGCUCCGUUGCUCAAGUCAAGGAGCUUGUUGAAUUAUUAAACAAGAUUGACGUUCCCGCCAACACAGAGGUUGUUGUCGCGCCUCCUGCUCUUUACGUUGACCGUGUGAACCAAGCUGUCAAGAAGGAAAUUCAAGUUGCUGCUCAAAACACGUAUAUCAAGGCCUCUGGUGCCUACACGGGUGAAAUCAGUCCUCAAAUGCUCAAGGACCUCGGUGUCAACUGGGUUGUCUUGGGUCACUCUGAACGUCGUGAGUACUUUAAGGAAUCUGACGAAUUCGUUGGACAAAAGGUUCGUUUCGCCUUGGAUGCUGGUGUGUCAGUCAUUGCCUGUAUUGGUGAAAAGCUCGAAGAACGUGAAACUAAUGUGACAAAUGACGUUGUCGCUCGCCAGAUGAAGGCUAUUGCCAACGAAAUCAAUGACUGGACCAACGUCGUCGUCGCUUAUGAACCUGUCUGGGCUAUUGGCACUGGUAAGGUUGCCACACCUGAACAAGCUCAAGAGGUUCAUGGAUUCCUUCGUCAAUGGUUGGCCGAGAACGUCUCUCAAGAGGCUGCCGAAAAGACUCGUAUUCUCUAUGGUGGUUCUGUCAAUGGCGGUAACUGCAAGACUUUAGCCUCUAAGCCUGAUAUUGAUGGUUUCUUGGUUGGUGGUGCCUCUCUUAAGCCUGAAUUUGUUGACAUUGUCCUUUCUGGUCAACAAUAAGCUGUAUAAUUUUGACUGUAAAAUAAAUAAAUCAGGUGUUUCAUAUGAAAUCAUGCUCUUGUUUGUGUUCCCCGCUUAAAUAAAGAUUGGAUCUUCGAUUGAUAAUACUUUUAUGGAAAUUGUCUUAUUUUAUGCGCUUAACAGCUUUA